GGCAGAGGAGUCUUCACUCCCCACGGUUUCUUCCGUCUCUCUCUCUCUCUCUCAACUGUGACUUUAGCAGUUGAAAGAAGAAGAGAGCAAAAGUCCAUCAAUGGAGGACUCAGACACCUCUCUCCUGUGCCAAGAAACCGAAUCAUCCCUUAACAGAGCCGAAGGGGAUGACGGCGAUGAUGAUAAGGAGAACAUCGGCUCCGUGCCAGUACCGAUACAUGUCUUCGAAGAUGAAGACGAGUACGUUGAGAACCUGAUCAGAAGAGAGGCCCUGCACGAGCUGGAGGCCUCGGUGCUGUGCCUGUCUCAUUUCAGGCACUCAGUCGAGAGCACCGCGUGGUGGCGGCACGCUCGGUUGGAUUCGAUUGAGUGGAUUCUUAGUGCAAGAUUAUUUCUCGGGUUCCAUUACCGGACAGCAUACUUGGCAGUCACCUACCUCGAUCGGUUCCUUGCGAAAAGAUCAAUCGGGGAUGGGAAGCUGUGGGCCAUCCGGUUGAUGUCAGUGGCCUGCCUGUCCUUAGCGGCAAAGAUGGAAGAGUGUGACGUGCCUGCCCUUUCUGGCUUUCCAACGCAGAAGUACGAGUUCGAGAGCAGGGUGAUUAGAAGGAUGGAGCUGUUGAUCUUACACACCUUGGACUGGAAAAUGGGUUCGAUCACUCCUUUCGCUUACCUCAACUUCUUCAUCCAUAAGUUGUUGGGGAGAUCAGGCGGGAUGGAUUUGUUCACUGGUGCCGUGGAGCUCAUUUUUUUAGCAUCAAAAGAAAUCAAUUUGGUGGAUUAUCGGCCAUCCACUAUUGCAGCUGCUGCAGUGUUAGCAUCCUCCUCAAGUGCCCAAUUGACCGGGAAAGCGGUGGAGCUGAAAACUGGGGUCAUCUCAUCAUGGGGGUCUCAACAUUACGAACACGUAAUUUCCAGUUAUAACCUCAUGCAGGAAAUAAAGAGGAAGGGUAAGAACAAGACGCCAAGGGGGAGAUUGUUUCCUUCCUCAAUGUGUGCUUUUAGGAAUUCUCCUCCCCUGACACCCGAGGUUGGAGGUUUGAAGAGGAGACUUCAAUUCAACAGUGACAGUGACCGAAAUUUACCUUUGAAAAAAGCAAACAAACAAUAGCUAGUAGGAAAGUUUUUUUUGGCUGCUCAUUAGAUUUACAUUAUAUUAUAGGCCUUUAUGUGAGUACUUAAACCCCAAAAAAAUUGGUUUGGGAACUACAGGGAUUGAUGGGUGGUUCCAUCUUCCAGUUCCCAAUAAAAGUGGAAGAAAAGAGUGUUGGACAAAGACGAGUCGAGUGCCUCGAUACCUACUUGGUCACACGGUAAUCAUCGGCGAGAUAUUUCCGGACAGAAAUGUAUACUGUGGAGUGAUAAAUGGAAGUGGUGGGUUGUGACUGCUCGGAAGAAUGGGAGGUGCCGGUGCAUGGGAUGGAUGCAGAUGAAGAUUCUUGCUCAAAAAAAGAGUAUCUUCAUUCAGCUUGCUACCCACGUGCGUAUGAACAGUCAGGCAACAUACAGUUAGCUCUUCAAAAAUGGGUCAUCUUUAUCGGGCAUCGUAUGAUUUUUGACAACCGAUUGAGAUGUCAGAUGGACCAUUUCUGUUGUUUUUUCGUGCAACCACUCUACAGUUGAUGGGGAUGUAACUACAAUUUACCCGGGGGCAAAAUCGAGGCAGAACAGAGGUUGAGGUUGAUAAGAGAUGGGGGAGAAGGAAGUACCAGAAGCCCGUCAUGAACUGAUGAAUAUUUGUUUAUAUCCUUGGUUAUGGUAGCUGCAUUGAUGAAUGCUGCUGCUAUUCACAUUUACUUGCCCACUUCCUUUUAAUCUUUUUUCCUUUUAUUUUUUGUUUUUUUUUGGUCUUUCUUGCUUUUGAACCCCCCUUGUAUUGUGAAGAGGGGGACAUCUUGUGCAAGCAAAUCCUUAGCUAGGGAGUCCCUACAUUUUGAAGGGAGCUUGGGAUGCUUCAUGUGCCUUUCAAGAAAAAGGGAAUGAAUGAAAGGCCAUGGAGAAGGGGGAGGCAUGAGGAAUUGUCCUCUUUUGUGUUUGA